AUGAAUUGUCAUGUUAGUAACAUGAUUUGGCUAUCUCAGAGAUCACACACAAAAUUCAGAAUAUUCCUUCUUAUCCUCUUCUUAAUUGCUGUUGAGUUAAUGCAGCCAACAAUAUCAUGCAGGACCCAAAACUGCAGCCAUCUUCUUCAUAGAAGUCUGAAGCUCACCAAGUUUAUGAACUGGAGCAGUGCAGAACUCUUAAAAAUAUAUAAAGCAAGUCAAGGGGACUCCACAGACCUCAUCUGUGAUAUGAAAAUGGACAAUGUUCCAGUAUCAACAAUCUCUGGCCAGAGCCUACCCGCACGCAUCUUGAGCAUUUAUGCCCACCUGAAAGAAUUCCUGCCGCACAUGAGAACAGUGAUGGAGCAACAGAAAGACUUAGAUCCUCCAACCAACCCUGUGGCUGAGGGGAUUAACAGUAUGAUUACACAUGUUCGCCACCUUGCUCUGAGGGUGUACUGUUUCUUACAAAUGCUGCAGCCAAAUAUACUUACUCCUGAACCAGCUGAAAGGCCAACAGGAAUUCCCCCUGCACAAAAUAUUUUCCAGCAGAAGGCCUAUGGAUGCAUCAUCUUGUCUCGGCUUCAGGAGCUCCUUAGUCAAGCAGUUCAUGAACAGAAAUCUAUUAGGAGUAAAAUCUGCAGAAAAAGGACAAAAAGAUUGUCGUUGAACUAAUAUGCAUUCAGUGAAAGAAAAUAAUAUCUAUGUAAUUUAUUACUAUUUAUUUUAUUUUAUUUUUACAUAUUUUACAGUGGAAAAGAUGUCCAGAAAAUAAUGUUUUGUGUUGAUAUAUUUAUUAAUAAAAUUUAUUUCUGUCAUUACCUAAUUAUUUUAUUCCAUUAUGUAGAAAAAACUGAAGUUAUAGAAAUUGAUUUGUGUUAUAUCUAUUGGGACAAGAAUGGAUAAUCUCAUUUGGCAAUCAUUUACUGCUGUAGGUCCAUUUAUUAAU